UUUCCUUGUUUUGCUCUCUUUGGCUGUCUCAGAAUGGAGAACAGUGUCAGAUCCAAAACAAGCUGGUUGGCUAUUUUCACAAGACCUUCUCCAUGGCAACAAAGAUUCAGACAGUCUAUUACUGAGUGUGGACAUCAGACAAGACAAGGAGACGCAAGAUCGAGCUUUAGUCACAUUCUACAAGAGAGACAACGUUCAGUGGGCGUCGCCACUUCAAUGCAAACUUCAAGGUGAUGUUGCAACAGGAAGUGGAGUCGACCGCCACAUGAUGUCAACAGUGAUUUUCAAGCUUACAAGUGGAUUCCAUAUAAACUUAGGAAAUGCAGCCAUUACCAAAAUCUUCGAGGGUGAGCCUGAUCACCUCAUCCCCUCGGUUUCAGAUGAACUGCUUGACAAUAACAUGUUCACUGUAGCAGGCCGGAUGAUUGGGCAUUCCUUCUUGCACUGUGGGCCGAGUUUCCCAGGACUCAGCCCGGCCAUUAUUCACAAUCUCUUUGAGGGUUCAUUGGAGACUACUCCUGUGACAAUACAAGACUGCCCUGACCUUGACAUCCGUGACGCUGUGAAAAUGCUUGAUGGAGAUACCGAAUUAAAAGAACUUGACUCCAUCCAUCAGCUCUGCCUGUCGUGGAAGCUCCCUGCACCAAAUGCCACCAACAGGAAAUGGCUGUCUAAAAAACUUCUUUUGCAUGCUGUAAUGUCAAACUGUCUCUAUUUAUUCUACUGCAGCUUCUCAAAUCAAGUUACUUCAUCCACACUAGUGCUGAACACAGCGAAUCCCCUAUCAUUAAAUAUUAGAUAUUAUUAUUUUACUAUAUCCUUAAAAGACUGUUCCUAA